AUGCCGUUCUACUUCCCCAAGAAGCACCGGUAUCAUAAGUUGACGCUGUAUUUCAUGCUCGCCGAGUUGCCGAUCACAGUCGUUAUAUUGACCUUGACGGGUAUUGCAUCGCACAACCUGUACCGCUCGUUAUUAUGGCAGGACGGCGCGGAUAAUGGUUUCAACAGCGCUCCCAACGAGGCGCUCUACGCCGCCGCCAACUAUCGUCCAUACACGGCUCCCAUGGUGUGGUCAUCAUUCCUCACCAAUUACAACCUCGUCCUAGGAGUCCUGAGCACAUUCAUGCUGAUCGUCAAGUUUCCCCUCCAUCUGAUGCGUUUGUUCUAUCCUCCUCUGGCGGCUUUCAUCCAUUGCUCCUUGAUCGUCCUCUAUGUUGUCUCGGCACGGUUCCAAGCCGGCAGCGACAUGUCCGAUCCAAACCACCCCCAGCCAGGCCCGCCAUGGUACAUCACAAAGCCAUGCAGCGUGGCCGCUCACGAAUCGAACAUCGGCUACUGUGAGCAAGCCAAAUCUCUCUUCGGCAUUACCUUUGUAAUCAUAGCCCUCUACCUAGUUGAGCUAGGCUUCAACAUCCACUCCUGCUUCGUAACGAAAGAGGAACGCACGCGGAUUGACGAGAAGAGAGAGGAAAAGAAGAUCGAAAAAGAAUUUGAAGAAGCCAUCCUCAACUCUCCCGGCUUCGUUCCCAUGAAUCAACAAAUGAUCCCUCGCACACCGGGUAUGGUCCCCGGGCAGCACUACCCCCACACCCCAAAAUACCCGUUCAGCCCAGAGUUCGCCUCCUUCAGCCCCGGAAUCCCGCCCAUGGCCGCCGGUGGAGCCAUCUCGCCGUAUACCCCACGCACCCUGGCUUUCAACCGCCUCGGCGGCGGCAGCACAUCUUCCGACCUGCCGCUGCGAGAGCACGCACACUCGUCGUCUAACGGCCAACAAUCCUCGUCUGAGGCGAUGACUCCUCAUACCUCACAGGAGUCACAGAUGUACUUCCCGCCCCCGCCGAAAAAGGCAAUGACCAAG